AUGCGUUUCCAGAUCUCGUCAUUCCUGCUUGCGCAGGUGUUCAUUCAGAUGACAAGCACUUUAGCCAUGCGCAGAGGGGUAGACCCAACCGGCAACUCAAUAAGCCGCCGCCGACUUACGCAACAGUCAUCUUACGAUGGCAGCUUUGACACAUACAUGGACCAGGAUGCGCGGCGAGACGACACUGAUGAGUCUUUCAUGAACUCGAGGCUCGAUGCAUCAACGGACAGACUUGCAACAGAAGAGUGCAGCACCUCCGAGGUUGAUCCAAAGGACAUAGAGACAAUUGCUCAAAUCAACAGCGAGAUAGGCAAGAGAAAGGCGUUCCAAGGGGCGCUCGGCGUGAUCUGCGCGAGGACCGAUGAAGAGACAUUGGCAAUGACCUCGCAUGCCGCCGCCGAGAUAAAUGCGCUCAAACACCAGAUAAGGGAGCUGUACGUCAUGAAAGCGACUUUGCCUUGCCGGGAGCAUUAUGGUGUCUCAUGCUGGCAAGAACUAAUGGCUAUGAAAUCCGGGAAUCAGGACUGGAGUAAGGAGGUUCAGGGCUAUAUCGCCUCGUUCAGAAGCCACGUUCGGGAAGACCGGAGCACGCCUCUUGUCUGCAGCAGUGGCGAACCAAGUACGGCAGAGACCGAGGACAACAGAGACUUCCAUUUAGGCAACACCAGCGACAACAACGACGGCGAUGGCGAUGACGAGGGCGUUUCCAGCUGCGCUUCUUCGAAGGGGCCAAAGACGGGAGAGUACUCCUCACAGGCCGCGUUCAAGACCACCGCACCAUAG